CUUCUUGUGUGAUGCUCAUUGUAUCUUUCAAUCGUUUACCUAUACACCAUUGCAGAGGACUUAAUUUGAUGAUAUAUUCAUGAUAUAUUCAUUUGUGAUUAUCCUAUCUUCAACAUUCGGACUUCGACUUUUUGUUUUUCAAACUUGACACCAGUUGAUGUUUACACUUCUUCAUGUGAACUACAUUUGUUAAUGCCAGUUGUGUCAAGUGCCUUCUUUUCACUUAAAUUCAAAAUUACCAGAUGUCUGUGAUUUAAGAUUUAUUAUGACCUUUGCAUCACUUUGUUGUCUGAUAUAUGAAGGCAAUUUUCUCUUGAAAGAAGAAGACAGGCUUCCCUCCCUAAGUUGUGACCUGGGUGACAUUAGCAUUUCAUCCAGUGAAAUUGAUCAAUUCUUCCAAAGCUUCAGUGAAUUUUCACUGCCUCCGGAUGCUUCCCAAAUGCAAGUGGAAACGGAGGGGUCACACCUGUCAACGCUGACAUCAUGUGACCUCACUUCAUUCUUCUUUGAAGACCUUCAGAGGCCUAGAGAUUUGAAUGUGGAAAAUCCUGUUCAAGCUCAAUUUUACCAUAACCUCAACCCGUCAUUUGUCUCAGAAGAUGAAGCUACAAUGACACCAACUUAUCCUGGUGGCAUCACACCUCAGAAUAUUUCCCGUGCUAAUUCACCAACAUGGAGUGAAAGCAGUGGGAGUAUGAGCACCAGCAGUGUUCCAGGAACCCCUACAGGCACACAGAGUCAGUCUUCCAAGAAUAGCAACAACCCUUUACCUAGACACAAGCGACCUUCUCACAAAAGAGCAGAAAUAAAGCGCAGGGAUAAAAUAAAGACAUGUUUAGAUGACAUCAAAGACUGCAUCCCAUCAUUAAGGGAUAAAGGAAAGCUUAGUGAAUCUGCAAUAUUAUCAAAAGCGGCUGAAUACGUUCGCCAUCUGAAAGACGGUUGCACAGAGCGAGGGAACAAAGCAGAAGAGCUUCGCCGUGAGAUUGAGUGCCUGAGCACAGAGAUUCAUUCAUUCCAAGAAAACUUACCAGCGACAGGUUUAAAUGAUGAACCUCUACCUGCAACUAGCCUGGAUGAUCUUUAUCUACAAUGGAGAGAAGAAAAUAGUCAACGGUCUGCUAAAUUUUGUAUAUUUGCUUCUAUCACUUCCAAAUUGUUUGAUACCUUUAAAGAAAUCAUAGGACCUGUGACUACAUUGAAUGCAUUGACAGCAAAGGCUCAAGAAUGGCAGACAAAAUUUCUGGCUCUUCCAGUUCUUAGGAAAGUGAUUCUUGGAGGUAUGCUGGAACUAAGUCGUCAGGACAGUAUUGUGAUGACACCUGACAAACUGCAGCUACAAGUUGGAGCAUCAAACGCCAGGGUCAAGAUGGAGGAUACCUUCUCAUGACAGCAUCUCACAUUAUCAUAUUCAUAAACAUAUGUUUCAAAGUAAAUACUGAUAAAAGAAGUCCACUGUACUGGUAAACUUUCAUUAAGAAUGUAAUUACAGCUGUGACUUUGGUAAGGCAAUCUGAUCCAACACAGAUGAGGAUGUGUCAGUAAGAUAACUUCUCUUGUCAUCUGAAUCAUUUUUUAGGGAAGGUUUGUGUUCAUUAUGUUUACUUUGACAUGUCAUAUUGAGACAGCCAUCAGAUGUCUCACUCAACUGUGAUCGUAAAGCGUGGGUUAUACAGUAUUCUUAUUUUCUAUUGAAAUUUUAUUGGUUGAUAUAACUUGAAUUUAGAAUAUUAUUCCAUGAAUUUCUUAAGGCAGGUCAUUAUAUGUUUAUUACCAUUUUGAAGAGGAAAAAAAUUAGUAGAAUUAAUCAUGAAAUUGAGAAACAUGGGUCUACAUACCAAUAGAACUUUCUAGGCAUGCAUUAGUUUAAAAUUAUUAGUGAAUUGAAUUAAAGGUUUAUUGUCAGUAUCUUUUUUUUUUAUUGUUUGCUAAUUCACUAUGUACAGGUAUUCUUUAUGAAAAUAUAGCAACAUUUUUAUACUUUUCUGAAAGUUUUAAAAGCAUGUGAUACCUUAAGUCACCCCCAUACUUUAGUUUAGCUUUAAAAUUUGCUGGACGUUUGGCUACACACACUGUUUAAGUUGACUUGUUAUUUUGUUAUUUAUACUUUGUUGUACAUUUUGUAAAUAGUGAGAAAGAGUGUGCACCACUAAUUGAAUGAGAAAGAUGCUUCCUUUAGAGCAUCAUCGUAUUGAAUGAAUUCAAUCCAUUUUAUUUUAGUAAGUUUGCAUUUUUUUAUUUGGCUACCUACAUGUCCAAUAUUACAUUUUCUUGUUUAUACUUUCACAUUUCUUUGUUAUUUUCAAAGAGAUGUACAUCUUGCAUUUUUCUUUGAUUGUACAGCACAAAUGUAAAGAAACUAAAAGAGAAAAUGUUAAAAAUUAUUUUAUGGCAUUUUAAUUUCUGAUUUUCUUGUAAGAUAUUUGUUGUCUAUGUACAUUGGGAUCCAUUGACUGGACACAGAGGCUAGUGUUUCUCAGCAUCUGGCUUGUGGACAUUUGUGUGCUGGUUAAAAAAACAGCAAACUAUUGUAUUGUCAUGUGGACAGUUGCUCAUUAUUGUGAACUUAUUCUAAAGGCCAGCCAGUGUCUAGCAGGACUUGAAACAAAUCAUAAUGACAGUGAGACCCAGUACAUUGCUUACAAAGUUUUUAUGUUUUGUUUGGGAAAGAGUUUGCUCUUAAACAAAAUAUUUGUAAAGAUUAAUAAAAAAAAAAGUCAAUUAUUUAUACAUAUA